AUGAAUUCUUUUAAUCUUUUCAAUGACGUAGCUAAAGGGGGAAAUUGUUUAGAUAUAGAAGGCACCAUUGAGAGUAUUGUUGAAGAUUUGGUAGACAAAAUUUGUUUGAAAGAGGAUACUAAAGAAGAAGAAAAACAGGAACAACAAUCAACAAGCAAUAAUAACUCUUUAAUAUUAAAAGAAGAGUGUUUACAAUUACAAGUUGGAGAGUUUCUUAGUGAUGCUAUUUCUUUGGCUUUGGAAGAUUUUGUUGGUGAAGAAAAUGCUAGAGCUAAAGAUGCGGAAGCUUUAUUGGGUGGAUGUUUGGAUUUAGUUUGUACUUAUCCUGAGGGUUAUAAACCUCGCCAACCUCUUUAUUCUUGCAAAACUUGUUCAGCACAAAAUGGUGGUGAAUUAGCCGGAGUUUGUUAUGCUUGUUGUGAGAAUUGUCAUGAAGGGCAUGAUCUUGUUGAAUUGUAUACAAAACGGAAUUUUUGUUGUGAUUGUGGAAAUUCAAAGUUUGGAAAGCUGAAAUGCAAACUUUUUGAGGAGAAAGACCCACUCAAUCAACGCAAUAUUUACAAUGACAAUUUCAAAGGGAUUUUCUGUGUUUGUAAAAAGCCUUAUCCUCCAGAAGAGGAAGAAGAAGAAGGAAAAAAUGAUGAUGCUUUUGAAGAUAUGGUGCAAUGCCAAAUUUGUGAGGACUGGUUUCAUCCUUCGCAUGCUAUUUCUGACGUUACUGAACGCUCGAAGCUUGAUAGAGAAAGGGAGGAGGAAGAAGAUGGAGGCUUUUGUUUGAUUUGUUCUCUCUGCAUUCAAAAACUUCCAUGGCUUAUUUAUUAUUCAAAUAAAAUUGAAGGAAACGAACAACAAAAUUAUUGUAAAUUGGAAGUAUUAAAGAAUUGUUCAGAUGGAAUAAAUAAAGGAAAUGAUGGAAUUUGUUUUCCAAUUAAUUGGCGUGAUCAGCUUUGCCGUUGUAACGAAUGCAAGGUUUUGUAUGAAGACUUGGAUUGUCAAUACCUUUUGGAAGUUGAAGAUACUUUAGAGUAUUUUGAAAAACAAAAUCGUGAACAAAUGGCUGCUAAAUCAAAUUCCCAAGAUGAUAAAAAUAAAAAGAGGAAGCAAGUAGAAGAUACACAAUUGCAAAGAGAAUUGGCUUUAAAAAUGACUACAGGAAUUGAACAAAUGAAGCGUCAUUGUAUUGCCUUUUUCUCACAACGUUCAGCAAGCAAACGUAACGGUGAAACAGUUAUUACAAAAGAAGAUGUUGCUGAUUGUUUUCACGAAUUGAUGGUUAAAAGACAAAAACUUAUGGAGGACGAGGAAGAAAUCGGUGCAAAAAAAUUUUCUUGGACGGAGUGAGCUCAAGAAAUCUUUUUUUGAGAAAAAUGGAAGAGGAUUUAUUCAAAAAUGGAAUGAAUUGGAAUUAAAUAAACGGGAAUCUCUUUUUGUAUUUUUCUGUUUAUUAUUAAUUUGAAAAUAUUUUUUUCCUCUGUCAUUGACUUUUCGGAUUUUUUAAAUUUCUUUAAUUU